AUGGGAGCUCCCGGCGCUACCAGUAUGGUGGCCCGUGUUGAGGCGCCAAUGACGGCUAGGGCCUACAUGAUGUGCGUCUUUGCUGCCUUUGGUGGCAUCUUCUUCGGCUACGACUCUGGCUACAUUUCCGGCGUCAUGGGCAUGAAGGUCUUCAUCCACGCCAUCGAGGGCCCCGACGCUACCGCCCUCACCUCGUCCAACAAGUCCCUCAUCACAUCUAUCCUCUCGGCAGGCACCUUCUUCGGCGCCCUGUUUGCCGGCGACCUCGCUGACUGGAUUGGGCGGCGCGUCACCAUCAUUCUCGGCUGCCUCGUCUUUAUGGUCGGCGUGACGCUCCAGACUGCUUCCGAGGGCUUGGGACUUAUUGUUGCCGGCCGGCUGGUGGCGGGUCUCGGCGUCGGCUUGGUCUCGGCCGUCAUCAUCCUCUACAUGUCUGAGAUCGCGCCCCGUAAGGUCCGCGGCGCGCUCGUGUCCGGCUACCAGUUCUGCGUCUGCGUCGGCCUGCUGCUCGCUUCCUCGGUCGACUACGGCACCCAGGACCGCACCGACACGAGCUCCUACCGUAUCCCCAUCGCUCUGCAGAUCCUCUGGGCGCUUAUCCUGGCCACCGGCCUGUUCUUACUUCCCGAGUCGCCCCGCUACUUUGUCAAAAAGGGCUCCCUGGACAAGGCUGCUGUCGUCCUCGCCCGUCUCCGCGGCCAGCCGCUUGAGUCUCCGUACAUCCAAGACGAACUCGCCGAGAUCGUGGCCAACCACGAGCACGAGAUGACCCUGGUCCCCCAGGGCGGCUACUGGCAGGCGUGGGCCAACUGCUUCCGCGGGUCCAUCUGGGAACCCAGCAGCUACCUGCGCCGCACGAUCCUGGGCACGUCGAUCCAGAUGAUGCAGCAGUUCACGGGCAUCAACUUCGUCUUCUACUUUGGCACCACCUUCUUCCAGCAGCUCGGCACCAUCGACAACCCCUUCUUCAUCUCGCUCAUCACCACCCUCGUCAACGUAUGCUCCACCCCCAUCUCGUUCUGGUCUAUGGAGCGCCUCGGCCGCCGCUCGCUGAUGCUGUGGGGCGCCCUCGGCAUGUGCGUGUGCGAGUUCAUCGUGGCCGUCGUCGGCACCGUCGCCCCCGACAACGAGAACGCCGUCCGCGCCAUGAUCGCCUUCAUCUGCAUCUACAUCUUCUUCUUCGCCACUACCUGGGGCCCCGGCGCCUGGGUCGUCAUCGGCGAGAUCUACCCGCUGCCCAUGCGCGCCAAGGGCGUCGCUCUCUCGACUGCCUCCAACUGGCUGUGGAACUGCAUCAUCGCCGUCAUCACUCCCUCCAUGGUCGACGCCGACAAGGGCAACCUGGGCGCCAAGGUCUUCUUCAUCUGGGGCGCCCUGUGCACCAGCUGCUUCGUCUAUGCCUACUUCCUCAUCCCCGAGACCAAGGGCCUCACGCUCGAGCAGGUCGACCAGAUGCUCGCCGAGACCACGGCCCGCACCAGCAGCCGCUGGGUGCCGCACUCGACCUUUGCCGACGAGAUGGGCAUGACUGAGAAGGCCGGUACCGGCCACAUCGAGCACCAGUCCGACGCCUCGGAGAGCGUCUGAUUGUUUUUUGCUCGUGGUCACACAUUUCUUCCAUUCUCAUCAUCAGCCUUUGCUCUUCGAU